AUGAUGAAAGGGAUGUUUGUGUUUGGAAGUUCCUUGGUUGACAAUGGCAACAAUAACUUCUUGCCAAACUCUCUUGCCAGAGCUGAUUACUUGCCCUAUGGAAUUGAUUUUCCUCUUGGGCCUUCUGGAAGGUUCACAAAUGGCAGAAAUGUUAUUGACCUUCUUGGUGGCCAUCUUAAGCUACCUUCCUUGAUCCCAGCUUUUGCUGACCCCAAAACUAGAGGAAGCAAGAUUGUUCAUGGUGUCAACUUUGCUUCUGGUGCUUCUGGUAUACUGGAUGAUACUGGCUCCUUAGCGGGCCAUGUGAUCAAUCUGAACCAGCAAAUUAGAAACUUUGAGGAGAUAACGUUGCCAGAGUUAGAAACCCAACUAGGGUGCAGAAGCCCUCAGUCACUUCCCAACUACUUGUUUGUGGUGGGAACUGGUGGAAACGAUUACUCAUUCAACUACUUUCUGAGGAGCUCCAACCAAAAUGUCAGUCUGGAAAUUUUUACUGCCAAUCUAACCGCCUCUUUGUCCAGACAACUAAAGAAGUUGCACAGUUUGGGAGCUCGAAAAUUUGUUGUGAUGUCAGUAAAUCCACUUGGGUGCAGUCCAGUGGUGAGGAUGAACAGACCAACACACAACGGCUGUGUACAAAACAUGAACCGAGCAGCUCAACUUUUCAAUUCCCACUUGAAGUCUUUGGUGGAUGUGAUUAGGGCAAAGAUGCCUGGCUCUUCUCUUGUAUUUGUCAACUCCUACAAGAUCAUCAGGGACAUUAUCAAAAACCCUAUCUCCAAAGGAUUCAAGGAUUCUAGCACUUCCUGUUGUGAAGUGGCAUCAAUAUCUGAAGGUGGAAAUGGAAUUUUAUGCAAGAGGGGAGGCGAAGUGUGUGCAAACAGAAGCAGUCAUGUGUUCUUCGAUGGCUUGCAUCCAACGGAAGCUGUAAACAUUCAAAUAGCAGCAAAGGCCUACGUCUCUUCUCUUAAAACCGAAGUUUAUCCCACCAAUAUUGCACGAAUGACCAAAUCCAAACUCUAG